AUGAGUGACCAAGAAACACCCUUCGGCGAGGACAACCUCCCGCCGAACCGCACCCGCGCCGCCCUCCCCCUCCCCGUCCCGUCCCUCGCCCUCGACUUCCGCAUCGUCGUCGACCUCGACCCGCUGGUCCCCGUCGGCGUUGGCCCCUUUGGCCAGCGGAACUGGAUCUCCUUCUCCGGCGGCGUCUUCACGGCCCGGUGGGGCACCGGCACCGUCGUCCCCGGCGGGCAGGACAGCCAGCUCGUCGUCGCCGAGAGCCUGAGCACCGCCGUCGAGACGUCCUACCUGCUCAGGACCGACGACGACGCCCCCGCCCACAUCGCCGUGCGGACCACCGGGUGGCGGACGGGGCCGAGAGACGUCAUGGAGAGGCUGUUCGACCCCGCCCGGGCCGACGCCGUCGCGCCCGACGAGUACAGCUUCCGCCUGAGCGUGAGGAUGGAGACGGGCGACGAGAGGUACCGGGACCUCGUCAACACCGCCAUGUGGGUCGGCAGCGGCGCCAGGCUGGGGGCCACCGUCGUUUACGACGCCUACCGGGUCGUCUGA